UAAGAGCAGUUGUGAGUGAAGUGUUGAAUGUUAAAAUGCUCAAAUAUUUUCUAUUUUGUAUUUUACAUUGUGUUUUAGUCAAUUCAACAUUAGGAUGGAACAAGGAAAUCACGAAAAAAAUUGGUCACUUCAAGGACGGUAUUCUUUACAGAUCAGAAACUAUUGGGGAGUCAGCUGGGCAAUGUUACCAGUAUACAUGGUUGGGACCAGAGAACAAGAAUACAAACAAAACAGAGAGAUGUUCAGAUCUAGAGACCGAUGAUGCUGAGGAGAAAAGACCUUGUUUUGCUCCGCUUGUUUGGACUUUCAAUGAUGAGUUAGGGAGUAACCGACCUGACCCUAAGGAUAUAGUGGAUGCAUGCAACAAGAAGACCCCACCAUGUGACCCAACCUGUAUUAAGUCAGGGGGUCAAACUUGCGUCAAAUACACUCUUAUGAGUAAUAAUAUUGACAAUGCCGUUGUACGAGAAACAAGUUUUUGUGGCCGUGUAGUGUCUGAUGGUGUUACAGUAAGCAACGAUGUCUGUAGAACUCAGAAGGACUCUGCUGGUUACAAUGUAGAACUGUGCUCAUGUUCAUCUUCCCAAUUCUGUAACGCGGCAUUCAAGAAUACACAGUCCUCAGUCGUCUUUGUUCUUCUUUCACUUGCCAUUGCUUUUCUUUUAAGAUGAACAUUAGAAAGUAACUCUAAAAAUUAUAGAAAAUAUGACAAAAUAUACAUAAUUUAAGAAAAUAUAACAUAAUAUAAACAUUAACAUCAACUCGUGAAAUCAUUUUUAAGAAUAUUAAAAGUAAAGCUGUGAAGUGUAUCAUGACAUUAACAAAAUCCUGAAACUUUAGGAGUUUGUCUCUUUAGGAGUUUGUCUCUUUAGGAUUUUGUCUCUUUAGGAGUUUGUCUGAUCAGGAAUUUUUCUCUUCCUUUAGGAGUUUGUCUGUUCAUGAGUUUGUCUGUUCAGGAUUUUGUUUCUUCAGGAGUUUGUAUCUUCAGGAGUUUGUCUCUUUAGGAGUUUCUUUCUUUAGGAAAGUGUCUCUAGCUUUAGGAGUUUGUCUGUUCAGGAGUUUGUCUCUAUAGGAGUUUGUAUCUUCAGGAGUUUGUCAGUUCAGGAGUUUGUCUGUUCAGGAUUUAGUCUCUUCAGGAGUUUGUCUCUUUAGGAGUUUUUUUUUUUUCUCGAGUUUGUCUCUUUAGGAGUUUGGGUGUUCAGGAGUUUGUCUCUUUAGGAGUUUGUCUCUUCAGACGUUUGUCUGUUCAGGAUAUUUUAUUUGAGGAGUUUGUCCUGAUGCUCCUUGAAGUAAAGUUUGAAUGUUUCUUCUUCUAUGUUCCAGUAAAAUAUCUAGAAUUGUAAUACUUUUGUUUGACUUGUACGAGAAAAGACAAAUAAAAGAAUAAAACUUA